AUGGGUAUUAGGACACCAGAGAUAGAAAGGUUCUCCAAUAUACUGGAGGCAUGUUUAGGUGAAGAAGCGGAACCGGUUGUGAUGAUGGUGUUUAGGGCGCCCACGCUGUGGCUCACAGUGUCAGGUGCAAGUAGCCUGCUCUCCGCCUCGGACCAGAUUUCAAGCUCACGUACAGCCAAACUGAAUCCCAUAUUUGCGAGAUACAAAUUCUACAAAGAAAUACAGGGCGGCGAUUCAAUCGACGCGUUCAUCACUCGACUACGGUUGACAGCGAGAGACUGCAACUUUCGCGACACGGACGACAUGAUUCGCGACCGCAUUGUGUUUGGCACGAAUUCAUCGAAGAUUCGUGAAAAGCUCAUAAACAUCGGAGCAGAACUAACUCUCGACAAAGCAAUUCAGAUUGCACAGUCCUUAGAGUACUCGCAGAAGCAGCUUCGGACCAUGACUGAACAGGACGUUCAUCGUAUCCAUACAAUGUUAUCAGGAAGUGCAGUGCAACCGCAGCGGCAACAGCUACAGUCAGAUAGGCGUUCAGAAUCAAACACCGCAAGGGUGAAGACGCGGGAACAUUCCAAACAAUCGUGUGACUUUUGUGGCAGAAAACAUCCCAAGACUGCGAAAUGCCCAGCGAAGGGAGUCUAA